AUGAAAGAAGUGGAUAAUCUUGAAAGUAUAAAGGAAGAAUGGGUUUGUGAAACAGGAUCUGACCACCAACCUCUUAGUGAUAGUCAACAAACAAAUUGUGAAUAUUUUGUUGACAGCCGUUUUGAGGAAGCUCAGAAGGUUGGUGCCAAAUGUUUGUCUCCCACUGAACAAAAGAAACAGGUAGAUUUAAGUAUAAAAUUAUGGAAAAAUGGAUUCACUGUCAAUGAUGAUUUCAGAAGUUAUUCUGAUGGUGCAAGUCAACAGUUUCUGAACUCCAUCAAAAAAGGGGAAUUACCUUUAGAAUUACAGGGAGUUUUUGAUAAAGAGGAGGUGGAUGUUAAAGUUGAAGAUAAGAAAAAUGAAGUAUGUAUGUCAACAAAGCCUGUGUUCCAGCCCUUCUCAGGACAAGGUCACAGACUGGGAAGUGCUACACCAAAAAUUGUUUCUAAAGCUAAGAAUAUUGAAGUUGAGAAUAAAAAUAAGUUGUCUGCUGUCCCACUAAACAAUCUGGAACCCAUCACUAAUAUACAGAUCUGGUUAGCCAACGGGAAAAGGAUUGUCCAAAAAUUUUACAUUUCUCAUAGGAUAAGCCACAUCAAAGACUUCAUCGAAAAAUACCAGGGAUCUCAGAGGAGUCCUCCCUUUUCCCUGGCAACUGCUCUUCCUUUCCUCAAAUUGCUAGAUGAAACACUCACACUGGAAGAAGCUGAUUUACAGAAUGCUGUAAUCAUUCAGAGACUCAAAAAAACCGCUGAACCUUUUAAAGAACUUUCAUAGCAUUGAUUUUUGAUAUACUAAGUGGAAAG